UGCUUUUCAUAGGUGCUAUGGACUGUUGAAUAUGCUCCUAGGGAUGCUACUAACUUAAUAGCUAAUUAAAUAUUUGAGCGAGGAUGCGUGAAAUCAUAUUGAAAUCAAAGUGUGACCUAGUUAGACUAAAAACGAAGGUGCUGAAUAUAGCUGCUGUGCACAGGUUGCCGGUGAGGCAUGUCAUCCGCAUGGAGUACCACUGCGGGUGAAAACCCUAAUCCAGGGGCCCACGACUCUCUCAGUAACUGCAGUGAUGGUAAGGGUAACUCUGGGGAUGAGCUCUCUGAUGCAGAGGGUGUGUGGAGCCCUGACAUUGAGCAGAGCUUCCAGGAGGCCCUGGCGAUAUACCCACCUUGCGGAAGGCGAAAAAUCAUAUUAUCAGAUGAAGGGAAAAUGUAUGGUCGAAAUGAGUUGAUAGCGCGUUACAUAAAGCUGCGCACUGGUAAGACAAGGACACGUAAGCAAGUAUCCAGCCACAUACAAGUAUUAGCUCGCAGGAAAGCUAAAGAAAUCCAGGCCCAACUCAAGGUCACAGUAAGUACCAACUUACAAGAUCAAGCUGCAAGGGAUAAGGCACUCCAACAGAUGGCCUCCAUGUCCUCAGCUCAAAUUGUCUCAGCCUCAGCAAUACAUAACAAAGCACUGGCUGGAAGUUUAGGUCUCCCACCAAACAUGGCCAGUGGCCCUGUCAGGCCACCAUAUACAAGUACACCUGCUAUAUGGCAGCCAGGUCUUUCACAGGGAGAUGUCAAGCCAUUUGUUCAUGGUUAUGGGUUUGAAUCAAAACUUCCGUCCAUAUCUGGUGAGAUGGCACCACCAUGGCAGGGUAGAUCCAUUGCUGGUCCAAAACUCAGGCUUGUGGAAUUCUCAGCCUUCUUAGAGCAACAAAGAGAUCCAGAUUCAUACCAAAAGCAUUUAUUUGUGCAUAUAGGAUCAACUGCAACAUACAACGACCCAAUGUUGGAAGCAAUAGACAUCAGACAAAUCUAUGACAAAUUUCCUGAGAAAAAAGGUGGCUUGAAAGAACUCUAUGAUAAAGGACCAUCAUCUGCUUUCUUUUUAGUCAAAUUUUGGGCUGAUAUUAACACAAAUCUCACAGAUGAAAAUGGUGCAUUUUAUGGUGUGACUAGCCAGUAUGAAAACAAUGACAAUUUAACUAUUCAAGUAUCCACUAAAGUUUGUUCCUUUGGAAAACAAGUUGUAGAGAAAGUAGAAACAGAAUAUGCAAGAGUAGAAAAUGGCAGGUAUAUCUACAGAAUACAUCGGUCUCCCAUGUGUGAGUACAUGAUCAACUUUAUACACAAACUGAAACACUUGCCGGAGAAGUACAUGAUGAACAGUGUGCUAGAAAACUUUACAAUAUUACAGGUUGUCACAAAUCGAGAUACUCAAGAAACACUACUUUGUAUAGCAUUUGUUUUUGAAGUUUCAACUAGUGAGCAUGGGGCACAGCAUCACAUCUACAAGUUGGUCAAAGACUGAGUGACUUGUAGAAAGCUUUUGUUUUGUCUUGGGAGAAAAAACUGCUAACAUAUUUCUUUUUACGUCCUGUGAUUCUGUAUGCUAAAGUUAUAUAUACUAAAACAAUACUUGAUUGUGAAAUAGCCUCAACAUUAUAUGUUGACAUUAUGGUUGAGUGAGAUAUUUCUCUUGUAUACAUGUAGAUGAUAUGAAACCAUGUUGUUUGUUAUUCUCAUUGUAUCCAAAACUCAAAUCAUUUGUAAAUUGUUUCAUUCAAGGGAAGUUUUAAAAUGUUUUUGCAUGUUCACACUUUUAUAUUAAUCUUAAUAUACUUAUUUUAUGGGGGGGGGGGGGGGGAGUGCGAGCGCUGGCAUGUGCAAAAUAGUCAUCAUACAAUAUCUUUUUUGGUUCAGUUUUGUUUAUGUUUUUUUUUUUUUGUGUUCAUGCUAUACAUUAGACUAACAUGUGGUCUUUACCCUUAGCUCAUUUUGUAGAGUUAAUGCUAACUAACGUGAUGUAUUAUAAUUAUAAUCUACUUUAUCCAGAUUUUUUUUGGUUUUAAUUUAUGCAUUAUUUUCAAUGUUUUUAAAGGUACAUUUUUUAACAACAUAGUCCUGGUGGUUUUUUUUUUUGUUAAAAUCUCACACUUACAGUAGUUUAACACUGAGAAAUAGGUUAAGACUAUUUAGUAAAAGGUAAAUACCAUGUGACACCUACCAUUUAUCAAAGGUUGUGUUGUGUCUUGUUUAAAUACAAAGUACUUAAGCCUGUUAAUUAAUUUUUUUUUUCUUACAUUGGUAAAAUUGAAGCAAAGUCUGCCUUUGAGGCAUAGAGGUUCAAAAGGAAGGCAUGUGAAGUCAAUUUCAUAGAUCAGGCUUGUAAAGUUCCCCAGUUUUGCUGGUGUUAUGAGGACUGUCCAGAAUUAAACUCAGCCAUUACAUUAUAUUGUAAGAAAUGUAACAUAUCAUCAGAUUAACUCUCAUAAUAGUUUAGUUCUCAGCUUCCUGGAUCCACUACUCACUGAAGACAAAAAAUCAUUUUAUUUGUAUUGCAAUAAAUAUAAGCCAGUCUAGGACUCAGUGAUGCAUAUGACAUUCUUGCACGACUCCUUGUUGUACUGACAUGUUUUCACAUCUAUUUCUAUAUAUUCCUGUGCCUUGAAAGAAAACAAAAUCUGCUUUUCACAAUUUUUUUUUUAUCUAUCUGUAUUUUAACUAUUUCACAAAGAGCAAUUAUUUUAUUUUGUUCAAGGCAAUGCUACAUUUUUAAUGACUAUUUAGCAUUAAAACUUAUGCAAAUUCUAAAUAAUUUUUAAAAUUUUAACUCUUUAUUUGGGUGUACAGAUUGUUUUUUAUAGAAAUCGUUAUCCUUAUAGACUAAAAUGGCUUAAAAAAUAUUUAUAUGAAUACAUUCAGGAAUAAGUUUGUAUUGUUUUGAGCUUCCGUAUUGUCUAACUUUAAAACCAAAGACAUGUCCAGUAUAUACUAUAGAGUCAGCAUCUUCUUCAAAUGAUUCCAGUUUCUUAUUGUUAAUGUUAACAGCUGUUCUACUUUACAGCAUUUUUUUCAAAGUGGAAACAUUUUGUAGAAUUCUCUCAAUUAAACAUUCAAUAGCUGUUGUGAGGAUUUGUAUUAAAGGAAUAUUGGGCAACUUUGCUUACUGACAAUCUCACAUGACUCACUUGUUUUGAAGAUAUAAUGCUGUGGGUAUUGAAAUAUGUAGUCACACUAACUCAAGUAACUAUGUAGCAUUUGUGCAGAGUACAAAAUGGGUGGUAUUAUAAAUUGAUAGAUUUUAUGAUUUUUCUUUUUUGUAAAUUGUUUAAUAUUUGAGAUGUUUUGAAACAAAGUUCUAAGAACAAACUAAGCCUUUUGAACUCAAUUGAUGCUAAUUAUUGACUUCUAGACCAACAUGUGUUAUAGUAGGUACAGGUCAGUGAGUUCAGUAUUACAUUUCUCAGUUGACCUACUGUUCAAUCCUGAAAUGACCAAUAGAUCAGGUUGAAGACACCAAGCUACAUGGAUUCUACUGCACACUAAGUAGCUAGAGCUGAAUGUAUGUAAGAUAAACCUUGUCUUUUUUUUUAAAACAAGUAUUGCCGUCCACAAUCAAGUGCAGUUACAUCCUUGUUAAGGUUGUGUUUUAUUUCCAGGAACUAGUUUUUGUCUUGGGAUUACAUUCAAGUAAUAACACCAUUAGCAAUCAUACUCUCUCUAUAUAUGUCUUACCAUUUGAAGCUGCUGACUGGGACAGACUUUGUGCAUUGUGUUUCAGUUUUUUUCUAUUUUAACCCUUCCUGUUAUUUUUAUGGUCAGUGACAAUUUUUUAAUGGACUAUUUUUGCAGAAGAUUUUAAGUUGUUGUUUAUCUUAUAUAAAAAUGUUUUUUUUUUGUGAAAUAUUACAAUGUUAAAAAUUUAUUGUGAUUAUGUAUUGCAAAAAGGUUGUUUAAGUGAAUGUGAGAAAUCUCAUAUUUUAUAUAAAUAUAUAUAUAUACAUAUAUACAUAAAUAUAUAUACAAACAUUUAUAUUCUAUAAGUAUAUUAAAUGUUAUCUCAUGUUAUAUUGUGCUACUAGAAUUGUGUGUUAAUUAAUGUUGUAUUUUGUUGUUAUUUUGGUGAUAAGUGAUUUUGUUUAUUUUCUUAUAUGUUGAUUCAUUUCAUUCAUUGAUCCAAAUUUUACCAUUGACAAUUCAUAACCUAGUGCCUUUUGUCAUUGGAUUACCCUGAUAAAAAUGUUGUAUUAGUCUUUUAAAAAAAAACUGUUUUUGAGCUGGAACAAAAUCUCAGGAGCAUGUUCAUUAUGCAGUUCAUCAUAGACUAGUAAAACAGCAUUAACCUGAGAGUUCUAGGCAACCAAAGGAAGGGCUCCAAUGCAUUCAAUAUUGCUUGCUAUAGACAGUUUUGUCUGAAAUUUCAUCAGUGAAUGUUUGAACAAUUUCUGUAUUAAGUAUGAAACUAUUGUUUUAGAAACAAAUGACUAGUUUUUUCUUAUUAAGCCCAAGGCCUUGUUUACAUUUGAAAACGUUUCAUUCUUUCUUAUGUUUAAUCCUAUUUCCCUGAGCAUCACUAUGCAACAGUUUCACAAAACCAUUGUCUGUUUGUAUUCAUAACUUGUACAGUCUAGAGAUCCAUUUAAAAAAAGAUUGGGGGAGAUCAAAAUUUGGUCAUCCCUUUAUUGUGUGUGUGAGUGUCUACCCACGUAUAUAUCAGCUUCGUGUCCUACUCAUGUAAAUAAAAGCCUGUACAGUUGUAUGAGUUAACAAAAUGAUUGUGUAGAUAUAUUCAUGCUUUAACAUGGUCCUGCUUUUCAACACAGUGUUGGCAUGCUAAAAGGGAGAAAACAAGUCUCUUUCUAUUGGACAGAUAACUUUUGGAUUUCAUUUACCCACCACCUCUUGUCUUUUCUUUUUGUUUUUGUUUAUAUAUAUCUAGUUCUGAACCAUUUGGUCUUGAAUGUAUGACACAUAGAUUUCUUCUGCCAUUGAAGAGUCAGUGACAUGUUGUGCUUUAAUUUGUUUUUUGUUCCAACAGAAGUGAUGGAUUUGUUAGACUCGCUCUAUCAAGUGUCCAUACCAUUGGUUUUGUUGACAGGUCAAUGGUAUCUUACAAUCUUUCUCCAAAGCAAUCUCUCUGUUGGUUCUGUCUGCUCCCUGUGGCCAUCCCAGUGUCCAUGAGUGUUUUCAAACAAAAGUCGAAAUAAGGUUUGGGCAUUAGAACUUAGCACUGAAACAUUGAAUGUGUUCACUCUUUUCCCUUUCCUUUGUGUUAAUUGCUGAUUUCGCUUUGUGUGUAGCUUCUAGUGUGACUAGUACCACCCGCUGACAUUGAUCUGAUUGCUUGGUAAUAGUCAACAAAUCGUCAGCUCUCCAGGUCCAGAAAUUAGCUUCUUCAUGUUUAUGACCAUCUCAGCAUUGAGUCAUUAAGUCUUGAUUUGUAUGUUUCAAUAACAAGAAAUGAUCAUGUUUUACUUUGGAAUAGAGACAUUUGAAAACAGUUUUUCUUUCAGUUUCUUUUGAAAACAAUGAUAUAGUGUUUGUUGUUUUUAAUCACAAAUUGUAUCAUUAGUGUAAAUGAACAGUACUUCUCAUGAAUAUUGAAUGGAUACAACAAAGAAUAAUGACGAUUAAAAGUAUUGCUAUAACGAU